ACAACACGUUUACAACUUUUUAGAAAUUGGGUAAAACAAAAAUUAUUUUUAUCUGCUACUUCGUAGAAAUUCAGGGUGGCGCGACUUGUGGGAUUGGGUCAAUCAUCGUUUUAAACUGUUGAGGGGAGCUGAUUUCUUUAAAACAUAAGUUCAAGUAAUUCUGUAGUUGUAACUCAGAUUAGAGAAAAAUGGGGAAUUAUUUGACUCAAAACUUUGAGGUGAAACCAGACACAAAAUCGGUUGAAGCGUUAACAAGAUGGAGGAAUGUGUUUGCCAUCGUCAAAGAUAAAAAGCGUCGUUUUCGCUUCACUGCAGACCUCUCCAAGCGUCACAAGGCGGCUGCGCUCCGUAUCGCUCAGGAGGGUCUCUUGGAAGAUGUCGAGACAACCGAGGAUCAUGCCAUCGACAUGGAUCUCGACCACAAUCCCAAUCCCCUCUCGGUAGGUUUGGAGCUUGAGCGAGAGCCAUCAUCAGUCGAGCCAAGUUAUGUCAACGACACAAAGAGAUUAGUUCAUACUGCAGCAAACAACAUGAGGAAAAUGAUUUGCUGCAAGGUUUUCUAUAUGUCCUCAUUAGGUUGUUAAAUGUGAUUCUUGAGAUUAUCAUAGCUUUUCUGACACAGGUUAAUGCUAAUGGGAAGAUUAGUGACACUAAGUACCGCAAGUUAAGUGUGAUCACUUCUUCAAUUUGCUUAAUUAUGUCACUCGUCGAGAUUAUGAACUAUCGACUGAGUCAAGGGAAACUGUUUGGAGAGUUGUCAUUAUACUUUAGUGUCAUCAGCUCGACUUUGCAAUUUUCUAUCAACUUGGUGGUACUUAUACUGAAGAAGAAGUUCAUUAAGUUUGAUUACUUCUCAUUGUUGUUUUCCACAGUCACUUUGUUUUCUCCAAUGGCUCAUCGUCCGCAGGAGCCAGAGCAGGAAAUCCACGAUGCUUAAAAUAUCAUGUGUUGGUCCAAGCUGAAAUACACACCAAAAAAAAAGAGGUUUUAUGUCUUUUGGAAGUUAAAUGUUUAGGAUUAAUUUUGCUUAAGACUUAUUCUCCAAGGAUAUUAAGUGUUAUGAUAGUUUAAUUAUUAUGGAUAUUAGUUUUCUAAUUAUACUAGAUAUGUUGUGAUAUGAAGGUAAUUCAGUAGGAGUGAAAGAUCUUGUAAGUCCUAUAAAUGUAGGACAAUGGGAGUUGUUAAGGAAGAAGAACACAUUCUGACAACACGUUUUCAAUUAUUUAAAAAGACAUUAUCUUAUACGACGUAUAUGUUUAAG